AUGGAGAGCGCGUCGACGCAGCAAUGUGCUGUCAAGGACUGGGCUUUGGCCAUCUUCCUGGAGCUGCGCAAGCGCGAGGUGUCCUUCGCGGUGCCCGCCCAGUGUUCUUUGAUUGCGCCGUUGGCCAUCGCUCAUGCUGCCUCUGGCGCUAACCUCGCUUCGUUUCGCGAGGUCAUGGACUUCGACAACCUGGUUGCGAGCUUCUCCCCCGCCAAGGAGUACGAGGCAGCGGCGGCGUUGUGGAUGUUGGACCCGGUUUGCGCGGACAUCGACGACGUCGCCGUAAGUCAGCUCGAGGGUGCCAUGAGCACGUGGUCGGAGGAGACGUUCUUCCUCUCCUCCAAGCACGCGCCCUCGCGGCGCCUGACCUUCGACGUGCCUCUCCCCGCCUUGCCUGGCAAGCCUGGAGUUUGCUUGACAGAGCCUCUGGCCACGAUUGCGGGCCGCGCGGUGGUGAUCACGUGGUAUUCUGCCAUGGGCGAGGCGCUCGAGGAGUCCAGCGAGGACCGCGUGUGGCAUCUGUUCAAUGCCGCGUUGUCCGUCCCCAUCAGGAUGCGCGUGCUGCCCGGUGCGAGCGCGGCCCACUUGGCGGCCCUGAGUUUCGGAGAGAAGAUGUUCAUUGCGAGUGCUGCCUCUGGCGCAGAUAGCUUCUGGCGGUUCGCAGAAAAAGCGUGCCGCGUGACAAACGUGCGCGCCAGUCUCGACAGAUCGGAAGCAGUGGCGAGGCUGGGGGCUGCGCUGAAGGCCUACGGCGUCUAG